CAUGUAAGCAGAUGAGAGAAAACUAACUUUGUAGUUGAUCGUUCUUAGAUCAAGAACAUUGGUAUUUAUAAUAACCCACACUGUAGUCCUGAACUUGUAUGCGCAGACUCGCCUAAGUAGCAGAUGUUGGCUGUCAUGGUAUGAUUAUGAGUUCACUAUGCAAGCUCUGUGACUUAUGGCUGACCCGUACCUAGUUAUGUUCAGGCCUGAGAGCUGAGUGCCAGUAUACUUUGAGAUUUCCUCAGAGUACACGUCUAUAACUACAGAGCGAUAGUAGUGUUGGAAUCUGAGUAUAAUGGGUAACUGUUGUGAUACCCGAGUCCUACCUCAAGAAUGUACUGACACACCCUUCUCAACUGAUGACCGUCCUCGGACAAAAUCCUCACUGACCGUGGGCUCCAGAAAACGCCGGAACAUAUUUACAAUCGUAAGAAAUAUCCACCACAAGAAUCCUGUUGUUCCCAUGGAAGCUGAAGAACAUCAAGCCCCAACUUCCUCAUCUAUACAAAAACCACAAAAUGAAACAAAAGCUAAACAUGGUGACGGUACAACUUCAGAAGAGGACGAGGAAAAGUCACCACUGCGUAGGGUUAAGGUAGCUUCUAAAAGAAGCCAACAUAUGGUAGCUGAAUGCUCUGAUGGUGCAGCUUUGCCAGUGGACAAGGGGAAAGGACCAGUGAAAAUGGCAGAGGCAACAUCGAAAAAACGAAGAUGUGUUUCUGCAAUCUUAAAGAAAUUUUCUCGAAGGCGAGUGGUGGCCCCCAUUAAACUGAGAAGACCUGUAGUCCUCCCUGGCACCUCCAAAGAAACAGCACCUGUCACAACAGAAGUGGUCCCUGAAAAUGCUGACAGUGCACCUUCAGCAAGGGGACAGAAAGAGCCACCAGUAGGGAUGGUGAAGGAGGAGACUAAAAAACGUAGACACAUUUUUUCUAUCUUAAGAGGAAUUUGUCAUAAGACAACUGUAGUCCCUCAGGACACGCAGAGACCUCCAGUCUCUAAGGCUACAUCUACAAAAGCAACUGAAAUAAAAGCAAAAGACAUACCGGAGAAUAAUGAGACUAUGGAGUCGGUGGAAGAAAGAAAACAGAGACGCAUUUCUGCACUAUUAAAAAGAGUUGAAGAGAAGCAAGCUAUGGCCCCUCCAGAGGUUUGUGGACCACAAGUCUGUAACAUUCCUUCGCCUAAAACAAAUGUCAGGCAUGAUAAAGCAGAGAAUGCCACUGCAGCUUCACCACUGAGCAAAGACCAUACAUCACAGUCUGUGACAAUGGUGGAACCCAAAGGAUUUAAAUUUUCUUCAGUCUUUAGAAAAUUUUAUAGGACGGACUCAAGUCCCCCCCAGGCUCCGGAGAAACCUUCAGCCCUUAAAGGUGCAUCCAAAGAAACCCAACCAACUAUUAAAACAGGAAGUCAGUGUACACCUGAAAUUAAAGAAAUAUUUUGUAAAAAAGAAGAGUUUGAAUAUCAUGAUGAGGGGUCCUGGGAAGAAUACCAAAGCUAUUUCCCACAUGGUAUCCAUGUUCCAGAUUCAAGACAAACCAUUGCUUCCACCCUGAUAGGGAGUUGUAUAGCCGAGGUGGGAGAUACAGAUAUGGAAAAAGAACAAAAUACUCUGGAUAGUACAGAGAAUUUUCCUGAAGCCAUAGAAGUCCAGCAGUGGGAAUUGAGAAAAACAUCGAACACUGUUGCUCCUGCUGUCAAUGUAUUAUUUUUAGCACCACCAACAUCUUCGGAUGACGAAGAGUAUUAUACACCCAUAAAAAGAAAGAAGAGGAGGAAAAAGAGGAGGCGCUAUUACUAAGCGAAAGCCUCCAUUAUUGCUCCAGCAGGCUGGUUCAGACCAUUCACCACUGGGGCAGGACCACCUGCUGUGCUGCUUCUCAUCUCUCUCCUUUGAUGUGACACUGCCUGCCCCCUGCCUGAGGCCACACCCGGUUCUCCAAGAUUUUCUGGAAUUAUCAGCAAACUGUGAACUUAGGAGUUUCUGCUAAAAGGCCAUUCUGACCCCUUAACAAGAAACUUGGAGUGACUGGGGGUGGGCUUCCCUCUUUAUAAAGUACAGGCAUUAUUAAACAUUUGAGCCUUGAUCAGAA